CAACUUUUAUCACAGUCGACAAGGAGCGCGCAGAUCUAGUUCAUCUAUUUAGACGCGACCCAUUGCACAUCUGCUUGUGGCAGCUAAACACAGUCCGUAAAAACAUGACUAUCAAGAUAGGACUCGCCUUCUAUCAUAGGGGCCUAAACGACCACGGGGUGGCAACAAGUUUCCGCUGGAGCAUUGUUGCGCAAGACUCUAGGGCCCCCGAUACAUAUCCUUUCCAGGAGAAUCAAGUAGACGACAGCUCAGGACGGUGGGAGACGAAUCACCUCAGCGAGAUCACGCUGUCGGCGAGUGUGGCCUAUGCGGGGUGCAUCCUCGUGAGCUCGUCGCUCGAUUUCGAGGUGCCUGAAUUCGACGAGCUCAUCCAACAGUAUGGUCUUCACAUGGAUCCACAUAUCUUACCCCCAGGUUACGAAUUCAGCUGCGCAUGGUGGGCGAUUGGAGUGCUGAUAUAUCUUCACGAAAACGACUUCAUCAACCUUCCUUCUCAUGAAGAACCUUUGGAACUGUACAGUAGAUUUUUAGCUAGAGCGCAUUUCCUACUGAUACAACGGCUGCAUGCGAUCCGGCAUGGUGUUACUGUACAGGACAAUGCACCAGUGGUGCAAUUGUAGAUGUGAAUACAUACAGAUA